AUGGGUCAUAGUGCACCUCUUCACAGAACUCCUUGGGAGAAGAUUCGUGCCAAGAAAGAGAAGCCACCAGACAAAGGGAUUGAAGUUAUUCAAAAUCCCAAGUUCAUUUUUAUUUCUCAAAAGAAAUACAUUGGAGAGUUAUUAUGCAGAUCUGGAAUGCAAGAUUGUAAUUCUAUUUCCACUCCAAUGGAGCAAAAUUUGAAGAUUUCUUCCAAUGAUGGAGAGGCUUUCAAAGAUCCAACCAAGUGUAGGCAGGUUGUUGUAAGUUUGAUUUAUCUCACCACUACUCGUCCUGACAUUACAUUUGCAGUAGGAAUUAUGUCCAGGUUUAUGCAUAAACCAUGUGAAGAGCAUUGGACUAUAGCACAACGAGUGCUAAAAUAUUUACAAGGAACCCAGAGUCUCAUCAUCAAAUAUUCAAAGGUAUCAGACUUUCAUCUCACUGGCUAUUCUGACUGCGAUUUUGAUGGUGACAAAGAACAUGGUAUGUCUACUUUUGGUUAUUUGAUGACUCUUGGAUCAACAACUGUCACCUGGAGAUCAAAGAAACAAAUAGUUCAUGCUGACUCUACUACUAAAGAAGAAUAUGUAGCAGCAGCUCAAGCCACCAAAGAAAUUGUGUGGCUCAGGAAAAUUCUUGAGGACUUGCAGGAGAAACAAAUGACUUCAACUCCUUUAUUUGUUGACAACAAUUUUGCAAUUUAA